CAACAUCACAAGACCAAAAGAGAAAACCCUCAAAAAAAACCCCAAACAAGAAACACAUAACCUCGAACAGUUUCCAAUCAAGAAUAGCAAAUCAGAACAAAACCCACUAUUCAUCUGAUGCUUGCAGAAAUCUUUACUGGAUAAAGACGCCAUUUAUUUCGAUCCUCUGUUGAUAGAACCCUAAAAAGGGAAUUUGGUCCUCAAUUGAAGUUAUGAAAGUAACAGAAGACGGAGCCUCAAACAGAGAGCUCUAUGCUCUACUUAAUGUAUCCCCGGAAGCUUCAGAUGAAGAAAUCCGUAAAGCUUAUCGUCAGUUUGCGCAAGUCUAUCACCCUGAUAAAAUCCAAGCUACAGGGCAAAAGGAAGUAGCAACAGUGAACUUUCAGAGGAUAUGUGAAGCAUAUGAGAUAUUAACUGAUGAAAACAAAAGACAAAUAUACGAUAUAUAUGGUAUGGAAGGGUUAACCUCUGGUUUAGAACUUGGUCCAAAGUUAAAUAAAGUUGAAGAAAUCAAGGAAGAACUUGAAAGACUAAAACGUAGAAGGGAAGAAGAAAAAACCUCUGCUCAUUUUCAACCUUCUGGUGUCAUUCUAGCACAAUUAUCAGUUCCAAGUUUUUUAUCAGGGCAUGGUUUAAUGAGAGCAAUGUCAAUGAACAGUGAAAUCCAAUCUCAAAUAUCAAAAAAUAAUGUUAUUGCUGUUGGUGGGACCCUUGCUGUAAAAGGAAGUGAUGGUGAUGCAGCUGCAAAUGCUGUUUUUAGGCAUCAAUUAUCUUCUGUUUCCUCCAUUGAAUUCAUGGCUUCUGCUGGUUUAAGAGGAUUAAUAGGCUUACAGACAUCUCGACAGGUGUCACGUCAUGCCACUGCAACAAUGGGGCUUGCCAUGUCAUUAAGAGAUGGUUCAAUAAAUCUUUCAAAUUCUUGGAAUCGUCAACUCUCCACAACAUCAAAUGCAAGUAUAGAGCUAAGUUUAGGCUCAGACUCUUCAGUUGCUGUUGGAUGGAGAAAGAAAGACCAAAAAAUGGCUGCAGCAGGAGAGAUUAGGAUUGGAACAAGUGCAAUUGGUGCAGUUGCUCGAUACACACGUAGAUUCUCCACAAAGUCUCAUGGGCGUAUUACUGGAAAAAUUGGAAGUGGUGCACUUGAACUUGAAAUAGGGGGUGGAAGAAAAAUAUCAAAUUUUAGCACCAUUAGAAUGUUGUACACAAUUGGGAUUCAGGGUAUAUACUGGAAACUAGAAUUCCAUCGUGGCCCACAAAAGUUUGGUUGUUCCUGGGCAUUUCUUAUUCCAACAUCACUUUAUUUUACACUCAAGUCUCUUGUUUUCAAACCUUAUUAUCGUAGAAGAGAAAAACUACAAGCACUUGAGAAUAUGGAACAGACUCGCACACAGGUUCAAGAAGCAAAAGCAGCAGCAGAGAAAGCUCAACAGCUGUUGGAAAAUGUGGCGAAUAGGAAAAAAAAUAAGCAAUUGGAAACGGGUGGUUUGGUAAUUAUUGAAGCAGUUUAUGGUAACCCUAAAGCAAUUAAAAAAAGCACAAAUAAUUCAGAAGAGACAAAAGAUGAAUAUGAAUUAGCUUCACAGAUUGUGGAUGUUACUUUACCUUUAAAUUUUCUGGUCAAUGAUUCCGGUCAACUCAAGCUACAUGAAGGUGUAAAGAAGUCAGGAAUCAUGGGAUUUUGUGAUCCGUGUCCCGGUGAAACCAAAAAGCUGCACGUGAAAUACACUUACGGUGGUAACAGAUACGAGGUGGAGGUUGAUGAUCUUCAAGAACUGAUAUUACCUCAGGAAGAACACAGAAUAUGAAAAGUACGAACAAAUAUUACAUAUUUCUGAUGAGGUUCCUUCUGCCAUUUUUGCAUAUGCAUAAGAGCUACCAUAGAAAUUAGACAAAUUCACACUGCUUUUGACAUAUUCUUCUGUUUUUUACAUGAUUUUUUCGGGCGAUUUUUACGUUGAUUGUGUAAUUUUUUUUAUGGAUUAUUAUUAUGUUUGGUGAAUGACUUGGAAAACACACCCUGAAAGAUGAAAGGAAUAAUUGAU